AGCUGUAUCAAGUUUUUCCUUGUUUCUGCCACUCCCCCUGGUAAUUGAUUAGGGAGGGGGAACUCAGUUCAGAGUUUUCACUUAAAGAUCUACAGUAGACUGCUCUGAGAUACACGGCUCCACUCUCCAAGGAAAGCUUGAACUGGAUUUUCUGAGACGCCUUUGUCUAGUAAUGUUUGCACAAUAAGAGUUGAUCCAGUGCAGGAUUUUUUUCCCGCUGCUGUAACAAAACACACACAGAAAGAACUGUUGCCAGAAAAGUUAACUCCAGCACAAAAAAAUGUACUUUGGGAUAUUAUGGCUGUCAAAGCACAGCUUGGGAAAGAGAUGCCUGACUAGCAAAACGUUUAGUUCAUCUGCUUGGAGCCCUGUGCACAGAACAAAUGGCAAAUUCCAGGAAAACUUGAAGAUAAAGUUAAUUUCUCAGAUUUCAAGGACUAGGGAACGAUUAAUUUCUUCUGUGUAUUCUUCGCAGUUUACAGCCCCAUUGUACUCCACUUUCCACCAGGACAUUGACCAUGCUAAUUAUGAACAAGUCUCCAGAUUAUCAGUGGAAGACCCUGAAAGGGUUUGGGAGGAAGCAGCACAAAAGAUCACAUGGUUUAAAUCAUGGACCAAAACAAUGGACAACUCCAAUCCUCCAUUUACAAAAUGGUUUGUUGGUGGAGAACUUAACAUUUGUUACAACGCACUUGAUCGCCACAUAGAGAAUGGACGAGGACAUCAGCUCGCAGUUAUUCAUGACAGUCCUGUGACAGACAGUAAGCAGAAUAUUACUUACAAUGAAGUUUACGAACAGGUAUCCAGGUUAGCUGGCGUAUUGGUGAAGCAUGGCAUCAGAAAAGGAGACCGAGUGGUUAUUUAUAUGCCAAUGAUUCCCCAAGCAAUGUAUACAAUGUUGGCAUGUGCAAGAAUUGGAGCUAUACACAGUCUUAUAUUUGGAGGAUUUGCACCCAAGGAGUUAUCAGUGCGCAUUGAUCAUGCAAAGCCCAAAUUAAUAGUAACUGCAUCAUUUGGGAUCGAACCUGGAAGAAGAGUGGAGUACGUUCCUCUUGUGGAAAAGGCUCUGGAAAUGGUACAGCACAAGCCAGAGAAAGUACUUAUCUACAGUAGACCUAACAUGGAACAUGCUUCUCUUACCGCUGGCCACCAUCUUGACUGGAAUGAAGAGGUUGGAAAGGCUCAUCCUCAUGAUUGUGUUCCUGUGCCCUCAGAGCACCCACUCUAUGUCCUUUAUACAUCAGGCACAACUGGACUGCCUAAGGGAGUGGUACGAAACACGGCUGGGUAUGGUGUAAUGCUGAAUUGGACCAUGUCUGCUGUAUAUGGACUCCGCCCUGGAGAGGUAUGGUGGGCUGCUUCUGAUCUGGGAUGGGUGGUUGGCCAUUCUUAUAUUUGCUACGCACCACUGUUGCACGGCAAUACUUCAGUGUUGUAUGAGGGAAAGCCAGUAGGAACACCAGAUGCUUCGGCUUAUUUCCGCGUGUUAUCGGAACAUGGCGUGGCAGCAAUGUUUACUGCACCAACUGCAAUCAGAGCAAUACGUCAGCAAGAUCCAGAGGCAGAUCUGGGAAAGAAAUACUCUUUGGAAAAAUUCCGCACUUUAUUUGUUGCUGGAGAACGCUGUGAUGUGGAAACGCUUGAAUGGGCCAAAAAUAUCUUUAAGGUUCCAGUGUUGGAUCACUGGUGGCAGACUGAAACUGGAUCUCCUAUUACUGCAACAUGUGUUGGCCUUGGAAAUACUUUAACUCCUCCUGCGGGUCAAGCAGGGAAACCUGUUCCAGGAUAUAAUGUUAAAGUAGUCGACAACAAUAUGCAAGAAGUGAAGCCAAACACACUAGGAAAUAUUGUAGUGAAAUUACCUUUGCCCCCAGGAGCAUUCUCCUCUCUUUGGGAAAAUGAAGAUUUGUUCAAAGAUUUAUAUUUUCUAAACUUUCCAGGUUUUUAUGACACCAUGGAUGCAGGCUACAAGGAUCAAGAUGGAUAUGUGUAUGUUCUGUCUCGUGUUGAUGAUGUAAUCAAUGUUGCAGGGCAUAGACUCUCAGCUGGAGCUAUUGAGGAGUCUGUCAUGUUACACAAAGCCGUAGCUGACUGUGCAGUAGUGGGGUUGGAGGACUCUUUAAAAGGCCAUGUUCCACUUGCACUCUGCGUCUUACGAAAUGGUGUGGAUAAGACAGAAGAAAAGCUAGAAGAGGAAAUUGUAGCAUUGGUCAGAGAAUAUAUUGGCCCAGUGGCAGCCUUCCGAAAAGUAGCAAUCGUGAAACAGUUACCAAAAACGCGUUCUGGAAAGAUACCUCGUUCAACGCUUUACUCUCUUGUUAAUGGGAAACCCUACACGAUUGGUCCAACUAUCGAAGAACCCGCUGUUUUCAAAUGUAUAGAAGAUGUUGUAAAAGCAAAGUUUAACUAAGAAGACAUUGAACCAAUGAUUUUUUAGGAAAUUAAAUCUCCAUCAUCUUUAUCCACAGCACACCAGAAAACAUCUAUUACUCUAUCAAGAGAUCCGUGACCUUUGUAGUUUAUUUUUUCUGUUAGGUGGUGACAUUAGUAA